AUGGACCCUGUGGGAGUGAAGGGAAGCACCCUUGCAAUCCUGUGUCCGCGCGCCCCUGUAUCCCGCACCCUUGCACGGCUGCAGCCCCUGAGCCCCGCCGCCCUGCUGCGCGCUACUCUCUGUGUCCGGGAAGCCCCGUCGCGCAGGAUUCCCGCGCCAGGCCGGCCUGGAGGGGCUCUGCAGUCACUCUCCAGUGCGCCAUCCCAGCCCGUCGCUUUCGGGUCACGCCCAAGGACCCUCUUCGCGCGCGCCGCAUCUGCGGGGAACCGGCAGGAGAUGGAGACGCUGUCCCUGCUCUCCAUCCCCAUCCGCGCAUUCCCUUCCUCGGCUCUCCGGCCGCGCUUUUCGUGCGUCCCGGUCCCCGGCUUUCCGCCGUGUCUCCGGCCUCGCCCACCCAGCCACCCGUGCGCCUCGGUCCGCGUCCCUGUCUGCGCCCUCCUCGAGGGCCCCGUCGCCGCCGCCCUGGCGCUUCCCGCGGGCCCCGCCGAGGCUGCCUGCGCCCUGUGCCAGCGCGCGCCCCGCGAGCCGGUGCGCGCGGACUGCGGCCAUCGCUUCUGCCGGGCGUGCGUGGUGCGAUUCUGGGCGGAGGAGGACGGGCCCUUCCCGUGUCCCGAGUGCGCCGACGACUGCUGGCAGCGCGCGGUGGAGCCCGGCCGCCCGCCUCUCAGCCGCCGCCUGCUGGCGCUCGAGGAGGCGGCCGCGGCGCCCGCGCGCGACGGCCCGGCCUCUGAGGCCGCGCUGCAGCUGCUGUGCCGCGCCGACGGGGGCCCGCUUUGUGCCGCUUGCCGCAUGGCCGCGGGGCCCGAGCCGCCCGAGUGGGAGCCCCGCUGGAGGAAGGCGCUGCGCGGCAAGGAGAACAAGGGGUCUGUGGAGAUCAUGAGGAAAGAUCUGAAUGAUGCUCGGGACCUGCAUGGCCAGGCUGAGUCCGCCGCUGCUGUGUGGAAGGGACAUGUGAUGGACCGGAGGAAGAAGGCCCUGACUGACUACAAGAAGCUUCGGGCCUUCUUUGCCGAGGAGGAGGGGCGCUUCCUGCAGGAAGCAGAAAAAGAAGAAGGGUCGCUGGACGACGAGGAUGAGGACCCAGCGGAGAGGUUCAGGUCCCUGCUGCAGGCUGUGUCGGAGCUGGAGAGGAGGCAUCGCAACCUGGGCCUCAGUAUGCUGCUCCAGUGAUGUGCUGCUUGCCCAGGCACCAGGCAGAGGAAGCUCAUUCCAUCCCUGGCUUGAAGCAGCUCCUCCAUCCGCUUCUUCUGGACCCCCUGUCAUCCUUCAAGACACCCCCAAUUCUGAAUGUCUUCUCCUAGGUGUAGAAGUGGGCUGCGAACUCUAGGUGCCCUGCCUGCCUUGGGUUGCUGAAGACAGUUCCUCAGAAGAGUGUGUUCCCUUUUCCUCUGGGUGUUCAUGUUUCCAGGCUGUAAACAUUUCACUGUAGAGAUCUGUAUUGGGGGUAAGUUAAACCAAGUGUAUCCUGACUCCAUAAAGCUCUUCUCGCUGCCCCAA